UUGGCCGACACCUGCUUUAAUUUCGUCAUGCGCGAUCUCGUCGCGGCGGACCGCAGUGGAGCAAAUACUACUAGCUAUCUACUGCAUCUGGAGAAUGCGCUGGCGUGUGCUGUUGGUAUCGACAGUGUCGUGGAGAACUGUCUGCACUACGUGGAUGAGCACUGUACCGGAAUUCUCAUGUCGGAGCGGUUUACUAAAGUGCAGCCGGACACAUUGCGUGCAGUUCUGGACCGUGAUACGUUGUUUACCGACGAAGACAUCAUCUGUACGGCUGUGAAUAGGUGGGCUGUUGCUGCCUGCAAACGGAGCAAUUUAGAGCCGUCAUCCGCAAACCGGCGCGAGGUUCUUGGGGAACUGCUCUAUCUGGUCAGAUUCCCCUUACUGACCAUCACUCCAGUACCUGACAAACCCGCAAAAGCAAAAAGUGGAUUCUCCGAGGCGUUAUCGCUACUGGACAUAAGCCAUGACAAAGGACGAUUUCCCACGCAACCCCGCCGGUCCCCCGUCAUCCGUGUCGGGGAAGUGGAAUUCGAGCACGGGAGGAAGUAUUUGUGCCUGAUAAGGACGAUUUCGUUCCUGCAUUAGUGAUGGGAUCGCGUGGCUCAGUAGCCCUUUGCCUGCCUCUGAUAUAUGAUAAUGUGCAUCAUUACGACGACGAAGAUGACGAUGAUGAGGAUGAUGAUGACGGUGACGAUUACGAUGUUAAUAAAGACCUGAUGAAGGUCAACCCGGGGGAUAUCAUUCGCCCAGCCGACUACCU